AUGUCAAAUAGCGAAUCACGCGAACCUCUAGUCGAAGGCAACAUCAACAUCAUUUACCAAUCGCCUCGUCAUUCCAAACCUAAUCUGUCUUACUAUGCACCAAUGGCAGAAUCAAACCAUGCAUUUUCUUCUUUAGCCAAACGCACUCCGAAAUCCGCGUCCAAACUGGUUCUACCAACUCAACCAGGCGGCCAAGCAACCGGUUCUCAAGCAACACCUCACCAGCAACUUUUCGCAUCGCUAGAUCAUCGAUCAUACCAAAGUAACCUGACUCCAGGAGUGUCUGUGACUCCCGUGGAAACUCGAGGUGAUUCUCAUCGACAAUUAACAAAUACUAGAAUUACUCAUUCUGUGGAAAAUACACCCACAGUAAAAAUACAAAAGCAUCAUACACCAGCAACAACUCAAGCUACGAAAAAUACCAAUACGACUCCAUUAGGAACCGGAAUUUCAACAGCAAGCGCACCAGAGCGACGCACACGGUCACGUAACGAUGACCCUGACUUUCAAAACUGGAGACACCAGUGGUCAGAGUACAUGAAGGACGCGCGGAUAUACAUGGACGGGAUAGAUGCUGCAAGUGUCGACAAGGUACGGCCAACCCUUAACAAGAUUGGGGCAGUGAUUGAAUCAUUUUUUGACUACCGCAUUAAGAUUCUGGUGACGCGCAAGCCUCUAGUGGAUUCUGCCAGCGGAGGGGCGGCGAGCGGCGACAAGAACGCGCCUAUGGUGGUUUACCCUCCGGCUAACAUUAUAUCCAAGGCACGGGCCAUGGAGAUUAAGAUUUGGCACUACGACAAGCUCAUUCGGUUUUUGUGUCAUCUGUGCGGUGGAUCGCUGGUCAAACCACACGCUGGACAUGUGUUGGCUCAUACAAAUGCAUCGCAAAAUCUAUCGCAUAUGCUCAAGGAAGAGCAGAUUCUAGGACCCGCAGAUCGGGACCCGCGGGCACGGAGCCUGGAUGAUGUGUUUCAAAAGUUUUCAGGCCCGUACCAGCUGGUGUGGGACCCGACACACAGAUAUAAGCCGUUGCAUGCGGUGGAGUUUGAGGGUGGGAUCCAACGGGUUGAAGAUGGAGAAUGGCCACAGCUUAAGCCGACAGGGGGUGGGCGGUCGCCGUUUGUUGCUGGAGAGAAAAAGGCAGGAAAUACAGGAAAGCUGACAGCUACUACACAAAAACAGUUUCAGGGCCCCAAAAAUCCCAAACAAGGAUCGAACGUUGCACAGGGAUUAGGGGUGGAAUACGUGACGCCGAAACAGGCAGCUGGGGAGCCGACAGGACUUGGGACAGGAGCGACUCCAACAGUGCCUAGCACUUUGCCAUCCAGGCUGCAGCCAAUGCAAACUGGGGUUGGAGCGACAGCGCCAUCGACAGGACAAGGGAACAGUGCUGCGUUCCGUACAUACACAAGGCCGCCGGUGCAGACGCCAACACGGGCGACGUUACCAGCGGGGGCAUUGCAUUUGGAUGCGACAGCGGGGACUCCACUGCCAGUUGGACACGGGAGCAUGGCCGACACUGAGCACGAGGGAUGUCGAGACGGGCUUGAAGAGACUGGAGGAGGGCCUGCGGGCCAAGAAGUUGAACAUGGGGUUGGGGAUACGGGGUACGAGAGCGCGUCUGCGUCCGGGUACCAAGGGCUGACUGAGUAUGGGGCAGCAUCUGGGCGGGCAGGGUUGUCAAACUUUAACUCUGUGUCGACGCGAGGGUCUGCAGUAUCGAUGGCAAGCAUGGGGUCGACGGCGACUGCAGGGACCGGGGCAGGAAGUUUGAUGGGGAAGGAAGUGUUGUUUCGGUUCCGGAGGUAUGCUGGAGGUAAUGGUGGUGGAGAGAAUGGCGGUGGCGGCGGUGGUGGCAGCGGGGGGCCGUUGAUGGGUGGUCCGCGGAAGGCGCCGUUUGUGGCAACACCAAAGGCGAUCAAGGGGGGUGGAGUUUCUGGAGCUGUGGCAGCUGUGGCAGCUGUUGCGACUUCUGCGGCGGUUGCGGUUGCAGUUGGAGGUACUGGUGGAGAGGUGACACCGGUCAAGGGGCAUGUGGUUUUGGAUGAAGUUGGAGUGAAUACGAAAACACCGGUUGCAGGGGUUAAUGGGAGGAAAGCGAUAGGAGGUGCUGGGAGUACACCUAGUACGGUGGUGGUAAAGAAUCGUGGAGGGGUUGGGACUACUCCAGCUCGAGGGGUACCUACACAGACUGGGGGUGGAGUGGUUGUUAUAGGUGUGGGAGGAGCCGGAGGAGGGGCAGGAGGUGGAAUAGGUGGGGGAGCAGGAGGUGGAGGAGCAGGAGCAGGAGGAGCAGGAGCAGGAGGUGGAGGUGGAGGAGUAGCAGGUGGAGGGGGGCAUUGUGAGAAUUGUCAUGAGUAUUAUGGGGAUUUGCGGGAGCAUAUUGGAGGGGCCAAGCAUCGGAAGAUGGCAGUUGAUGAGCAGCAUUGGGCUAAGUUGGAUGUGUUGAUUGGGCGUGUACAACGGAAGCGGGUUGCACAUGAUGAGCAGGUGUAUGAUAGAGGAGGAGAAGGAAGAGGAGGAGGGAAUGGGAAGAGAAGUAGGUUAGGGAAUGCGAGAUGGACAGCUAAAGGUGUUUCUGUAGUUGAAGCUGCAGAAGCUCUGGGGUUCAAGGUAGGUGAUGAGGAUGAUGAAGAAGAGGAAGAAGAGGAAGAUGAUGAUGAUGAAGAAGAUGAUGGUGAGGAAGAAGAAGAAGAAGAAGAUGAUGAUGAGGAGGAGGAGGAAGAAGAAGAAGAAGAAGAGGAAGAAGAAGAUAAUGAAGAUAAUGAAGAUAAUGAUGAAGAUGAAGAAGGUGAUCUAAAUUAUGGACAUCGGCCUAAGCGUCUUUGUAAGAAUGAAUGA